AUGGCAGAGUCCAAAGAAGCAGAUGCGCCACCACCCGGCAGCGAAUCGUCCAGACCAGAGUCGGAGCCUACGCCGACCCUCGAACAAGCUCGGAGGUUUCUCAAUGACGAAACAGUUCGAAGUGCUAGCAAAGAAAAAAAGUCGGAAUUUCUCAGAGGCAAAGGCUUCUCUGAUGACGAUAUCCAGAAAUUAUUGAGUGAAGAAGCCUCGAGAGAAGGAUCAACGAGUGACGAUCGCGCGCAAGAUGCGACCGACACAAAAGACAUACCCAACGUGCCUCAGUCCACAUCUACACCAGCACAAGCAGCUUCAGCUCCACUCAGCGAGCCUGCACCCAUCAUCACAUAUCCCGAGUUCUUGACACACUCACCGAAACCUCCACCCCUAUUGACGCCGUCGCGUCUGCUCACUGCGGCCACUGUAUUGACUACAGCUUGGACGCUUGCAUAUGGCGCUGCACGCUUCAUCGUUGCGCCGAUGGUAGAUACUCUGGCAGAAUCUCGAUCCGAGUAUUACGAACACGUCAAUACAAAGCUUUCUACUUUGGUGGAGAAGUUAGAGGGCGUUGUGAGCGAGGUGCCCUACAGUAAGGGCAAGCUCUCCAAGUCGGACGCCGAUGGUGACGAUAAUAGUAGCUAUGGCGACCCAUCGGAAAUGUUCCACCGUGACGUUGGCACUCAAACUUCACCCUUCACCACCGAAUUGCCGAUUCAUCAAGAUAAAGGCUGCGCCGUUGACCAACAGGCACGACAACUUACGCAGCUGACUACGUGCCUGAAAGAGCUAUCGACCAUGUACACAACGCAAGCUGAAAACUCCAGCAAUCUCCAUCUUGCCAUGCAGGGAAUCCGCGAGGAUGUAGACAAGCUGGCAUAUCCUGCCACGGAAUACUCUUCGCUCUAUGGUGGUUCAACCUUUGGGCUCGGCCGCUCCGAUCCAGACGACGAAAUCAAGAAGACCAAGGAUGCGAUACGGAGCGUAAAGGGCAUGUUCCUGUCAUCAAGAAUGUUUCCCUCUACUGGUGCUGCUCCUGUAAGAUAG